AUGCUCAACCAUCCGAUCAACAAGACACUCUUCUUUAAGAAAAAACACCACCGCUUUAUUCAUCCGUCACGCAUAAGCAACAUUCUCAUAGCCUACCUUUUCUCCUACCGCGACCAGAAACUCCUCCACAGUGACAUUAGCUUCAGUAACACACCUAAAGCCGUGCCGAAGUGUAAGUGUAACCUGCAUUCGUCGCUGUGCCUGCUGCAAGAGGGGAACCUCCAGUGUCAGUGUGAACACAACACCACGGGACAGGACUGUCAGCGCUGCAAGAAGGGCUUCAAGGCCAAGUCCUGGAAAGCUGGCUCCUACCUGCCCACACCCAACGGAUCUCCCAACACCUGUGCAAUCGCUGGUGCCCCCACGGGCGGUGGUUCUAACUGUGAGUGCUACGGCCACUCUAACCGCUGCAGCUACAUAGACUACCUGAACAUCGUAACGUGUGUCAGCUGCAAGCACAAUACAAGAGGACAGAACUGCCAGCACUGCAGACUGGGCUACUUCAGAAAUAACUCAGCUGAACUGGAUGAUGAGGGUGUCUGCAUCGAGUGUAACUGUAACCAGAUGGGUUCUGUCCAUGACCGGUGUAAUGGGACAGGCUUCUGCCAGUGUAAAGAUGGCACUACGGGGCCCAAGUGUGACGACUGUUUCCUGGGUACUACUGGAAACAAGGGUGUUACUGUGAGUAUACAGCGGGAGAAGUCCUUGGAGUGUGUGUGGGGGGGGGGGGGGGAGGUUUUUUUGGGGUGCAUCUGUGUAAAUGCCCAUGCGUGUUAUGAAAUGAGAAAUGUUGUAGGGAAUAUGUCACAGACAUAGUACCCUUUCUUUAGAUGCAGAAACCUCUCUCCACACUCUGCCACUUGGUCUUUGAGUUAAUCUUAGCAUCCAUAUCUCCUUGCUUACCCAUGGGACUGGGGCGUGUAUCACAUUAGUAGCAUCACCUGUUCCUUUAAUUGAUGACCCUGUCACACCAUAACCCAAUUUCUGGGAGCCUCUUUCGCCAUAUCGUAUACCAUACAGCAGCAUUUCCCAAACUCGUUCCUGAGGACUCCAAGGGGUGCACAUUUUAGUUUUUGCCCUAGCACUACAUAGCCAAUUCAAAUAAUCAGCACAUCGUCAAGAGUUUGGGUGAUGCUGCCAUACAGUCAGGGCAGUGCCACGUCUCAAACACAUAUAGUCCCACCUACCUCUUUUUCCCUACAGGCUAGAAUCGGAAGGAAUCCUUCUUUACUACAUUUGGUUAGUUAGCCAAAUGUGUCAGUAGGACAUAGUGUAUCCCAUAUUUAGAUUAAAGUGAGAGAGUAAAAGGCUAGGUUUUUGGUCGCUUUAAGAAACAUGGCAUGGAAGCACCAUUGGACCAUAUUUACUUUCUUCAGCAAGAUCCAGAACAGAAAAGCUUAAGCAUGCUUUUGUGUCAUGCCCCACAAAUCGUCACGUCUCUGUCACACAUCCACGCACACACGCAUGAUGCAUGCACACAUGCUGUGACAAACACACAUACACGCUCUCUUGUACACAUACUACGU